UUACUCAACUGCCUAUUGUGCAAUGCCCUCUUUCAAUGAAAUUAUGCUUUUUUCAAUUGUUAAAGUCCUCACACUUUACCAAUUUUUGAUUCCAUUACUACUUUACGCAUCUAAUCAUCAUCACACAAUUGAAAUUUCAUAUCACAACCCUAAUAAUCCUCAACAUUCUGGUCCAUUUCUGCUAUAUGUUCUUCUAAUGAUCACAAGUUGUUAACACUUACAGAAAUAUUUAAUGGAUCCUCCCAGAGGGUUUUUGCUGCAUCUAUGGAACUUCAUCUGUUUUUUACCUUAUUUCAUCGGUCUUCUUCUUGUGGGUGUUCUUAAAGGUGUUAUUGUUGCCCCAAUAGUUUGUGUUAUUAUGACUGUUGGGAAUUCUGCUAUUGUUUUGGGGCUUUGGCCUGCACAUGCUGUCUGGGCUUAUUUUUGCAUUUUAAGUGCGAAACGACUAGGGCCGGUGAUGAAAGUGGUGGUGUGUAUAUUGGUUGCACCACCUUUGGCUUUAUGGCUUGUUUGUGUUGUUGUGGGUAGCAUUGUUGGUGGCUUAGCUUAUGGGUUUCUUGGACCGGUUUUCGGUACUGUAAAGGCUGUUGGUGAAGGGAAAACCGAUAAGUUUCGUCAUUGUGUUACGGACGGGGUUUGGGAUACAAUCAAGUGGAGUUUAACCUUUGUUAGAGACUUAAUGGACGUAUGUUUAUAUUCGUACUUCUCAAUGACGGAUGAUCUACGGAAACAAGACCCUCCAGGGGGUAGAAUUGAAAUUAGGGUGGUUUGUGUUCCUAUAGCGCUCGUUGUUGGGUUGCUAGGGUUUGCGGUUGACUUUCCAGUGAUCACAGUUAUUGCAGUCCUUAAAGGCCCGUAUAUGUUGCUAAAAGGGUGGCACCGCUUGUUUCAUGAUUGUAUAGGCCGAGAAGGCCCGUUUUUGGAAAGUAUCUGUGUGCCAUUUGCAGGUCUUGCAAUCUUAUUGUGGCCUUUUGCUGUUGCUGGAGCUGUGUUGGCGUCCAUGUUGGCUGGAAUCUUUCUUGGUUUUUAUGCAGCUGUUGUUGCAUAUCAGGAGUCAUCUUUCUAUCUGGGGAUUUGCUAUAUUGUAGCUGCAUUGUCGAUCUAUGAUGAAUACAGCAACGAUAUUCUUGACAUGCCUGAAGGAUCUUGCUUUCCAAGACCUAGGUACCGAAAGAAUGCGGGCUUGCAAUCUGGUUCAACAACACCUUCAGUCUCAAGACCAGUUUCCUUCAAAAACCCACCAUCUCGGUCUAGUUCUUUCACCAACCCCAUGAUCGAGUUGAAACCCUUGGUGUUGCUCGAUAGCUUAUUUCAAGAAUGUCGUCGACAAGGUGAAUUUAUGGUUUUAGAUGGAGUAAUAACCGUUAAAGAGAUUGAUGAUGCAAAAUCCGGGAAAGCUAGCGGAAGAGUGAUUAGUAUCGGUCUCCCAGCUUAUUGUCUUUUCCAGACGCUUUUACGGUCUGCAAAAGCCAACAGUACCGGCAUUUUACUAGAGGAUAAUGUGACGGAGAUAAAUACUGCAAACAGGCCAAAAGAUGGGUUCUAUGACUGGUUCUUGAAUCCACUUUUAGUCAUGAAAGACCAGAUUAAAGCUCAGAAUCUUACUGAUUCAGAAGCCGAAUACUUGGGGAAACUAGUGAUGUUGAGUGGUGAUGCUGAGAAGCUGAAAAACUCGAAUAUUGGCCCACCGCCGGAAUCAGAGCUUAGACGGGCUGAGCUUGAUGCAUUGGCCCGAAGACUUCAAGGGAUCACAAAGUCAAUAUCAAGGUACCCAACAUACAGAAGGCGUUUUGAGAAUAGCAUAAAGGCGAUAUCGGAAGAACUUGACCGGAGGGACACUAAUAGACGUGGGUCAGGAUCGGGAUCGGAGAGUACAUUUGGCCGAAGGUUUAGCAACCAGAGAUCUUUUAAAACUAAAACGAGUAACCAAGAAGAUGAUCAAGAGGUUGAAAGAGAUAUUGAUGUAGUAUAAUUGGAUUUUCCUUGUAUUUAAUCUUGAUAGUCUAUCAAUAGAGAUGUUGAUGUACUAUAAUUGGAUUUUACUUGUAUUUAAUCUUGAUGUAGUUAAUCAGAUUUCUAACAACAGCAGAAUGUUAGUGGAUAUAGUAUUGCAGGAAA